AUGGCGUCUCCGCAGCCUCAACCCAAUCUUGUGCGACAUAAUACAAUGCCGCCUCAGCCUUUGGCGCACCAGAGGUCUGUGGUCAGAAAACCUGUUGGGAAACCUGUAGCACCGACACAGAAUAUCUCUCUUCCACAUAGGCCUGCUCCUCAGCAGUAUCCGCAACAGCAGCAGCAGCAGCAGCAGGGUUAUCCUCCUCACAACCAACAGCAACAGCAGAGACCUCAGUCUUUUCAUCCAGGACAACAGUUUCAGCAUGUUCAUCAGCAGCAGAAUCCGCAGCCGACACAUCAAACUCAAUCGGUAGGUCAGCAACCUCAGUCGUUCCAGAACAUCCAGCAGCAACAGCAAGCGCAGCCUGUACAAUACCCUCAGCAGCAACAGGGUCAACCUCAACACUAUCAGCAGUCUCACCAGCCUCACCAGCAGCCUCACCAGCAGCUUCACCAGCAGCUUCACCAACAGCCGACUCAACAGCCGGUUCAGCAUCAACAGCCGACUCAGCAGCAUGUUCAGCAUCAACAACCACAGCAACAGCAAGUGUACCAACAGCCGUAUCACCAGCAGCAACAGCAACCAUCACUGCCACAUCAGCAUGUCCAGGCUCAGCAACCUCCGCAACAGCCUCCUCAACAGCAGCAGCAACAGCCCCCCAACCCGGCAAGCCCAACACCAAACCCCGCUCACCAGACACUGCCGAACAAUCCACAAGCACAACCAUCUUCAACAAGCCCAGCUCCGCAGCCUCAUCGGGUCGAUACUAGCAACAGCAACAUCAACUCAUUUGUGCUCGAUCAUGAGAGGCCUGCAAGCAUCAGCAGCAGUAGCGCCGGUAUCGCAACUCCUGCCACAACCGUCGCCUCACCCAGCGUAGGCACCCCGAGAUGGGAACCCAAUGUUAUCCCUCCGGCAGUGCAACAAGCGCCAGCGGUGGAUGUGAGGCGUACCUCAACAGGGCAGACCCAGCUGUGUAACCACUGCCGGAAAGGCAUCCCUCUCAAUGUAUCGGUAUACACCUGUCUCGUCUGCAGCACAGCACACACCGCAACAACUUUCUGUGUAUGGUGUUUCACCUCCAACGCAGUCAACGCUUCCCACAACCAUGACAAGUCCUACUACGCAACCGAAUCCGAUCCACGAGUACAACCUUCAGUGCAAGAUCCGAUAACUCACAUGUGGACUAUCCGAAAGAACGUCUCUGGUCGACUUUGGUACACUCAUAAUGCAACAGGUUUGAAGACGCACCUCAAACCCACAGCAGCGGCUUUGUUUGGGUUUUCCGGACUGCCACCUGGCUGGGAUGAGCGCAAGACACCCGACGGCCGAACAUUCUACUUCAACAAAAGACUGGGAACGAGUGCCUGGACGAAACCUGCGAACUCUCUGCCCGACGGCUGGAGAGAGCUGAGAACCCCGGACUUGGUGCCAUUCUACAUCAACGAGCAGCUUGGGCUAUCGUCAUGGGACAGACCAGGGCAGCAGCCGAGACAACAGACCAAGCAGGGCAACAAAGUAGUCGUUAGAAGAGCGAGACCCGGGCAACCCAACGCUCCGCAAAAUGUUGGCGACAACAUCCUUUCCGCUACCAUCAAUGCGGCCAGGCUCACAGGCCAAGGUGUUGAGAUGGCAAGUCGCCAAGUCGGAAAGCUGGGAAAGAGGAAGAACUGGAGAAAGAUGGGCAGGAUGCUCAACUCAGUUAAUGGAAUAGUUGGCGAUGGAUCUGGAAGUGAUUGCGAGUACAACGACUACAAUGAUGAUAGCGGUUUCGGUUUCGGGGAUGACUCGGGCGGUUACCAAGAUCAACAGCAGGGACAGUUCCAGCAGAGUUUCGACUAUCAGCAAAGCUCUUUCUCUGAGCAGCCGCAGCAGUCAUUUUCCUUUGAAGAUAACCAGCAACAGUCCAUGUUCCAGCAGUCAGCUUUCGAUCAGCAACCCACGUUUGAGUAUUCGGUACAGUAUGAACAGCCCGCGUACGAACAGCAAUCAUUUGAGCAACAGCCUGAGCAGUUCAGCGUGACAGCAGAGGUGUCAUAUACAACGGCAGAUGCUCAGCCAAUGUACGAGCAGCAGCAGAGUUACGAACCUCAGCAGGAGCAGUUCGGUCAAGAAGCAUACGAGCAGCCUAGCAACGAGGUCCAGCAAUCCACGUACGAGUCGGCACCGUGCCAAGAGCCUAUGCAUACUCAACAGCAGGAGUCUUUUGAGGCUGCUGUUCCUCCUGAGCAGAACGAAAAUGUUCAGCCGCCUGUACAAGAGCCUUUCGUGCAACCUCUGCAGCCGACGCCUCAACCUGCGUAUCAAGUCACUCAGCAAGUCUUUCCCGCGCAGCAAUAUACCUACGAUCCAACUCAGAUGCCCCAGCAGCAAGUUACUGUCUCUUAUCAAGUACCCAGUUACAUUACCGAGCCAGCUCCAGCACCAACGUUCGACCAAGCUCAGCAACCCGUUUAUCCAAUCUUCAUGCAAAACAAUCAACCAGAAAUCAUUUCCAGUAAUGUUCCUUUGGUCGAAGUCCCAGGUACACCUGAUAGUACGAAUGGGUUAUUUGGUGGCGGAUACAACAAUAACGACAUUCUCGCCGGUACCAGUCUAGCUGCUGAGAACAACGCGAUUAUUCAGCAGAGCAACUCGCCGAUGCCACAGGAUAGCGUCGUAGUCGAAGUUACAAUUCAGUCAUCGCCUGCGUCUGGAUUCGAAGUUUCCCCGACGCCCGCGCCGUUGGUUGUACAGCAAUACGACGCCUCAGCAAAGCCAGCUUCUUUUGUAUCGGUUGAAACUGUGCAGCCGGAGAUUGAUUUCAAUACGGGCGAAAGGUGCAAUGCUCUUAUUUGA